UGUUGCCAGUGAGGGAAUGAGUGGUGCGUGGAGGCCGUGGCGCUAGUUGGCUCAGAAGCGGCCCACGUCGACUGCGUAGUCACAGCCAGCACAUCGUGCCGGCCUGGUCAGCUCUCGCUACGACGUGGCGAGUUCCCCCCAUCCACCGCGUAGCUAGUCAGGACCUGAGGUAACCGCCCACUUUACUUCGUGCAAAGCACGUUUUUUCGUAACAACACUCAUCUCCCCAUUGUACUUUUUGCCACCCGUUUACCUGACGUUUUCCAACCUGCUUGAGCUUUGUCAAGGGAUAUCCGUGCCAGUUGUCCUGGCGGUACUGCCACCCAUCCUGGUCAUCCAUCACGUUCAUCAUGCAACCUGCGACGUCCGACUCAGGUUUCGUACCGAGGAAAGAGUUCAUUCGUGACCAGCGUACCAGAUCCGAUUUCGCUCUCUUAGCCAUUUCUGGCUCCAGCUUCAUUAGGCUCUACUCCUUUUCCCCCGACGUCAUCGUCGAUCUUCGUCGUCUCUUCAACCAUUUCUUUCUGAAUGCCGCUUCCCGUGAGGACAGCUCCCAGAACCUUUUCGAAUUCCAGCUUCAUGGGAAACCAUGGGCUUCUCCCAAGAGUGAACGCACGGAGCGCAUUCUGCUAGACAUACUCGUCGUAAUUUACAAGCACGGAUACACCAUUCUCUCCACUAUUAACUAUGGUCGCGAACGUGACGACCGUUUAGCAAUAUCCUUUUCUAGGCUUUCAACUUCCCUGAUAGUUCCACCUCAUUCGCCCAUCCCCGCUGGUUCCGGGAGCAACCUGUCACACACUACUCCGAGAAACGAACGCAAGAUGCUCUUUGCAAUCUCUUUCGUCUCCAGCACGGUCGUGCGGGUCAUUUACCCACCACUAAAUUCUACACCAGCUAUAUUACAAGCCGUGCGGGGGUCUUGGCCACGAGGCGUUGUAUCGGAGAGGAAAGUUAGUGAAGCAGCAUUUGAAUUCAAGCUCAAGGGUUACAGCUGGUUCAACGAAGACACGUUUGCAACGGAUUCUUUACAGCAAAUCCUUUCAAUUUUGUCGUCCCUGGAUGAGCAUGCUUGCUCAAUGAUAACUUCUCUUUCCUUCAAUAGCCACUCACGGGUGAAGGAUUUGUGGGUUUUCACGGGCCCGGGAUCUGCUGAUUCAUACGAGCAGUACUGGCCAGACUCGCCUGUUAGCCAGUCGGGUUCCAUGUUAGACGUACGGCGUUCAAACCGUGCAUCAACACCGGACCAAGCAUUGAAUCCAGACCCGGGUAUCAUACCAUCUUCUUUACACAGACGAGCUGCUACUGUGUCACAGCACCCGGCACAUGUAUAUCCGCACUCUCAGUCUACAGCGAUGUCACAUAACCGGGCGGCCACGGAAGCUAAUAUUACUCUACCUCCCUACUCACCGACUCUGCCGCUCGGCUCACCUCGCGCAGCUCCCGGGAAUGGCAUACGCAAGCCAGCACCUAGAGCGCAAGUACCAGUUUCCGUUGACUUAGACGCGCAUGACGAGGAUGAACACCUGCGCUAUCGAACUUCGCUGGCUUCGGUUGUGCCGAGCAGCUGCGAGAACAUGACUGGCAUUGGAACCCUCCAUCGGAAUAGACUCAACCCCAACACCAGCCCGGCAGAUGUGUCAGGUACAACGAAAAUAUCUGAUGACGAUGACGAGACUAUCCAUCUACACCAAGAAACUUCACAGUCAGCUGUACCCCCCCACCGUAUGGCGAACGCCCUACGACCUCAGUCGACGCGUUCCAAGACCCCACCACUUUUUACAUCACAUGCACGUGAUGCUCGCCCUUCUACUAGUGACACCGAGGGCAUGUCUCAGGUCCAAGACCAUGUGGUCACUGGCGAGAAUGCACCGCUUCUUAGUCCAGGGAUGUUCCGCAUUCGGGAUUCUGCGUUUUCAGCUAAUUCUGUCGGCACAUCGGGUUCGUGUGAAGUCCCCAUCAAGUGGUCGGGCCUAAGUAGGCCUGAGGGCAUCGGAGAUAUCGAGGAAGAGCCAGACCAAUAUUACGAAGAUUCCGGUUCGCGGCACGUCUCGCCGCCUCCCACACUACCUGGUGCGUGGGGAAUGACAUCUGAUCAGGAACAGCCCAUGCCGGAUGGCGAGGUAUUUCACCCGCAUAAACCUACCGUUCGUCAGCGCCGCAGGAGUCCAGAUAGGUCUGUGCAUGAUGUCGAUGCCCGAGUUGCGUCUCCAGAAGUGAUUCGCGAGGAUGCGGUACGCAAAAGCGAGACUGGACUAGUAGGGGUGAUCUCCGCACAACCGCCGCAACCAGUUCCUUCACCGAUCUCAAUGCCAUCGAAAGAGAGUCUCGGGAGGACUAAACGAGGUUCGGGUGGCCCCCCGGCGUCGCCUACUAAGACUGGCAGUCGAAGCGGAAGUACGGACCGUUGGGUGCUUGUUAACCUCGAAGGAAAAGAUCACAUGGGACAUAUGCCCUCGCCGCUAGCAAGUCCCACUAUUCCGCAGGCAGCCGAUCGGAGCCGCAAGCCGUCAGCGAACGUGGUGAGUCAAGUUCGCGGGUCAUCACCAGCCAAAGCUGCUGUCGUCAGUGCCACGGACGGCAAGAGUGCGAGAGACAAAGGGUCGGGCUUAAGGCGCCUACUGUCACUUUCGCUCUCUGGGAAAGGAGCUGAACUCAACGACGACGCGCAGUUCACGGCCAAUCGACCUCAAGAUUCGACAUCAAACGGUCCCCGCAAGGGGCCGGUACGCUCAGGGCGCUUCCGGAACAAGCUCUCUCGUUUCGGCACUGCGGAGACCCCCACGAAACCUCCAGACAGAGUACGCGUCAAACUCGACUGAUGUCUCAUUCAUUCACGGCAUCUCCUUAUUACCCUUACUUGUGAAUCGUAGUUUGAUCUUUGAUUGUAGUCACAGGGAU